AUGAAAACCGCCCUUAUCUUGUGGUUUUACUUGCUACUACCCUUGUGCCUAUUAAACUUCACUUACACCAUUAACAUUGUUACUUCCCAAUGUCUUGGCCAUCAACAAUCUUUGCUACUCCAUUUGAAGAACAACCUCAUAUUUAGCCCAGCUAAGUCCAAUAAACUAAUUCAUUGGAACCACACUGAUGAUUGUUGCCAAUGGAAAGGUGUAGCUUGCAGCACCAAGGGAAAUGUUAUUGCUCUUGACAUAAGCCAUGAAUUCAUCACUGGAGGAAACUUAACUAGUCUCUUCAAACUGCAAUAUUUGCAGAAUUUGAAUUUGGCUUAUAAUGAGUUCCACUUUGGAAUUAAUUCCGAGUUCAAAAACCUGAAGAAUCUCAGGUAUUUGAAUUUGUCAAAUGCUGGUUUCAUGGGACAAAUUCCAACUGAAAUCUCUCACCUGUCCAAGUUGGGAACUCUAGAUUUGUCUACCACAUUCACCUCAUCAUCACAACAUGGUCUAAAACUUGAGAAGCCAAACAUUGUAGAGUUUGUGCAAAACUUUACAAGAAUCAAAGAACUGUAUCUAGAUGGUGUUGCAGUUUCAGCCAAAGGAGAGGAGUGGUGCCAUGCUGUGUCUUCCCUACAAGUACUUCAACUAGACCAUAACAAUUUGUCAAGCCCAGUUCCUGAUUACUUUGGGAAUUUGUCUGGCUUAAACACAUUGCAGCUCAGAAGUUGCGGAUUGAGUCGAGUUUUUCCAAAAAACAUCUUGCAACUACCAUCACUUCAAGUUCUUGAUGUGUCUGAUAAUCAAGGUCUUCAUGGUUCCUUAACAAACUUCCCAAAUCAAGCAUCUCUCAGUCACUUGAAUCUUAGCCACACAAAUUUCUCAGGUCCUAUACCAGAUUCUAUUGGCAAUUUGAAACAUUUUUCUACACUAGAUUUGUCCAAUUGCCAAUUCAAUGGGACACUUCCCAAUUCAAUCUCAAAUCUUGCCCAACUUGUUUAUCUUGAUUUGUCAUUCAAUAAUCUUACUGGUCCACUUCCAUCUUUCAAUAGAUCAAAGGCCUUGAAAACUCUGUAUCUUAAUCACAAUUAUCUGAAUGGUACACUUCCAUCCACCCAUUUUGAAGGCCUUACAAAUCUUGUGAGCAUUAAUUUAGAAGUUAACUCUCUACAUGGAAGAUUCCCUUCAUCUUUGUUUUCACUUCCAUCCCUACAACUUCUCUUUCUUGCUAACAAUAGAUUUGAUGGCCAACUUGAUGAGUUCCCAAAUGGUUCCUCUUCCUCAAUAGAGAUGCUUGAUUUAAGUGAAAACAAUUUUCAAGGGCAUAUUCCUAUGUCUAUCUUUCAACUGAAAAGGCUCAAUUUACUUCAACUUACCAUAAACAAGUUCAAUGGCACCAUAAAAUUGAGUAUGAUUCGUCAAAGGCUACAAAAUUUGGCAACACUUGAUUUCUCACACAACAACUUGUCAGUUGUGGAUGACAAUGACAUUCCAUUUCCCAAGUUGAAGCAUUUCUGUUUGGCUUCAUGCAAGUUGGGUACAUUUCCUUCAUUUUUGAGAAAUCAAAGUACUUUGCUUUAUUUAGACUUAUCCAGCAACCAAAUUGAAGGAACCAUACCCAACUGGAUUUGGAGAUUUGAGUUUAUGACCGGCUUGAAUCUUUCUCAGAAUUCUCUAACGGAUAUGGAAGGUCCUUUCCAAAAUCUGAGUUCAGUCAUAUUCCUGCUUGAUCUUCAUGACAAUCAAUUGCAAGGGCCAGCACACAUUUUCACCAAGAACAUGGUUUACUUGGACUACUCCAAUAAUAGAUUCAGUUCUAUACCAGCAAAAAUUGGUAGCUCUAUUCCUUUUUCAAUUUAUAUAUUUUUAUCAGGCAACAAUUUUCAUGAAAAAAUCGAUGAAUCCAUUUGCAAUAUUUCAACUCUUAGAGUGCUUGAUCUUUCACAUAAUGGCUUCAUUGGCAACAUUCCUGAGUGCUUGACAACAAGGAAGAGUAGCUCCCUGAAACUUCUAAGUCUUGCUGGAAACAAACUCAGUGGCCAGAUUUCAGAUACAUUCUCAACUUCUUGUGAUCUAAGGUUUCUUGAUCUCAAUGGAAAUCUUUUAGAGGGAACCAUCCCAAAAUCUUUGGCUAAUUGCCAAAACCUCCAAGUCUUAAAUGUUGGAAACAAUCAAUUGAUUGAUGAGUUCCCAUGCUUCUUGAAGAACAUUUCUGCACUGAGAGUCAUGGUCUUGAGGUCAAACAAAUUUUAUGGACAUAUUGGAUGCUCCCAUGUGAUUGGCAACUGGGAAAAGCUUCAAAUUGUUCAUGUAGCUGCCAACAAAUUCAGUGGCAUGUUACCAACAACACUCUUUCAGAGUUGGAAAGCAUUGAUGUCUGACAAAGAUGAUGAUAUGUCAAGGUUUGACCAUUUAUCUUUUGAUAUUUAUGAUAACAAUACAAGUUCUGUGACUCUUGAGACUAUAACUACAAUUUUCUCAAAGAGCAGCAAAAUGAAAUUAGCCAAACUUGUUACAGUUGAGCCACUUUAUGUGGUGGAUCACUUGCUCUCUCAUGUCUAUGGAGAAGUUUCAAGUCUUCGUAGGUAUGCGGAUUAG